UCUCUUGUAUCCAACCCUAUCUCCAUUUUCAUUGAGUUCAAAGCUUCAAGGUUCGAGCUCCGAGCUCCAAGCAUGGAUGCUUUCCAUUCCCAACACCAAAAACACAAGAAGAGGCUAACUCAAGACCAAGUGAGGCUUCUAGAGACAAGCUUCGACCAUGGGAAGAAGCUUGAGCCCGAGCGCAAGCUCCACCUCGCGCGGGAGCUUGGAGUGCCGCCUAGACAAGUCGCUAUUUGGUAUCAAAACAAGCGAGCGCGAUGGAAGACGCAGAACUUGGAGCUUGACUAUAAUGUGAUUAGAGUAAGGCUAGAGCAUGCCUUGAUCGAAAAAAGGAGACUCGAGAGAGAUGUCAUAAGACUCCAAGGGGAGUUGGAGAAGGCGCAUGAGAUGUUGCAUGCUUUGAACUAUGCAAACCCUAAUCCUCCUCCUAUUGUUUCUACUGUACUCUCUAGUAUUUCUUGCGAUGAGGGAGGUAGCACUUUGGAGAAUAACGAGGAAUUUCAAUUCGAAAAUCUCUAUGCGUCUUUGAUGGGUGUAGAUGGAUCAAAUUGGGUUUAAUGAGACUCAUCGAAAAUGUAUC